GCCUACCAGUGAUGCGACCUCGGCGCGGGGUUGGCAGCGAUCCACUGUUGGCCUCUAGCUUCGGUAUAUGGAGUAAAGAAGCCCGAAUGAACGAGCAUCAACAAGCGCAAUAAAGUCGUGAUGCGCCCAGAUCCCCUCUGAGACCAUACCGAGAUUUUUGUCGUCUUUUGUCAAGUUGCGUCGAGAGUCAAAUUCGAAAGUCGUCAACCACAGCCCCACCAUGACCUCAGCUGUCACUUCCCCGCCAACCGGCGUUUUCGUGCCUGUCCCCACAUUCUUCAAGCCCGCCGCCGACUCCAAGGCUGUUCAGGCCGCUGUCGACGUUCAAACACAGACUGAGCACAGCAUAUUCCUUGCCAAAAAUGGCGUUCGCGGCCUUGUCCUGCUCGGCUCCACUGGCGAGUCUAUUCACAUGAACCGUCAGGAGCGAAUCGAUUUGGUUUCUGGCGUCCGCAAGGGAUUGACUGAAGCGGGCUUUCCCGACUAUCCGAUAAUGGCGGGCACGCUGAUUAACAGCGUCGACGAGACACUAGAGCAGCUCGAAGACUACAAGCAGGCAGGUGCACAGUGGGGGCUUGUCCUGGCGCCAGGGUACUUUGGCGCGGCAGCAAGCCAAGAGGGUAUCAGAGAGUGGUAUACAGUUGUGGCUGAUCGAUCACCUAUCCCCAUUCUCAUCUACAACUACCCCGGCGUGACCAACGGCGUCAUGGUCACCCCUGAGACCUACCGCAUCCUCGCCCAGCACCCCAACAUCGUCGGCUGCAAGAUGUCGCACGCUGUUGUAUCGUGGCACAAUCAGGUUUCGCUCGACCCGAAGAUUGACCAUAACAAGUUUAAGGUGUACAGCGGAUUGGGUCAGCAGCUUGGUCCUAUCGUAUUCUUCGAUGCUGCAGGUGUCAUCGACGGCCUGGCGGCUGUCUACCCAAAGACUGUCUGCUCGCUGUUCAAGCUCGCCGAGACACGGCCAAUCAGCAACGAGAAUCUGGAAAAGAUCAAGAAGCUGCAGUACACGGUCAGCACGACGGAAGAGUACAUUGGCAAGUAUGGUAUCGUGGGUAUCAAGGAGGCGGUCAAGCGUGUGACUGGGUACGGCACAUUGGAGGGUGGCAGGCUCCCGAUCAAGGGUAAGCUGCCAGAAGGCGAGUGGGAGAAGUGGAGUGAGACCUGGGAGAGGAUACAGCAGGCAGAAGACUCGUUGUCCGAGAAGGACUUCAAGUAAGCUCAAGGACGUAGAACAAAACCUGAUCAAAUGAAAAAACAACACAACGCGAGCCUUGACUUUGAUUGGAGGACGAGUUAGUCAGGUUUCUGCAGCUGCUGUACUCGCGCCUCUACCUUGUUGAGAG